GGACCCCGGCGUGAUGGACGCCGCCCUGUCCGUGAGCUUCGUCGGCGGAUCCGCCUCCUCGGAGGACUCACGCCUGGCCUCUGCGUCAGCAGACGAGUCUGCCGUCACCGCGGCGUCGUCACGGGAGGCGUACUCCAGGUUCUGGGCCGCGUUCUUGCGGACGGACUCGGCAUCAUCUGCGGCGUCGGGGAGCGUCACGACGCGCGUCCCCGCGCUGCUGCCUGACCGGGGCCGGGCGGAGUGGGAGGCGGCCGGCAGGAUCCUGCUGAAGGGCUACCGGGACGUCGGCUACUUCCCCACGCGGCUCCCCGUCGCCUGCGCCGUCUGCCUCGUGCACGGAGAGGAGGCGCUCACCACGGACAUGCUCGUCAAGUCCUUCCUGAGGUUCACCGGCGCAGCAGAGAGGGAGAUUCUCUGCGCCGCUCUGGAGGAGAGGACGUACGAGAUCGAUGGCCUGCUCGACGUCCUCCACGGGAUGCACGUCAGAACCCUGCCGGACGGGGGCAACGUCGAGGACGUAAUCGUGCGCAUAGCGCAUGCUCAGCUGAUCCAGGCGCCCAUGUACGCCCUGGUCAGAAUGGGCAGCACGGCCCAGACGGGCCUCAGGCAGCUCCUGCCCACGCCAGCUGCAGUGACCGCACUUUAUGACACAUGACUCCCCAGUGCCCACACAGACACACCAUCACGGAAGUGAACUCUAAUCAACACACGCACACACACACACACCAUCAAUGAGAUGAACUCUGAUCAACACACACUGUCUAUGAGUGUGUGCGCCAGCAUGUGUGUUUGUGAACUCUGAUCAACACACACAUACAUACAUACACACACACCUUCAGGGGGACUGAGAGUGUUGGAGAGGGGCCGGGGGCCCACUUCUGCCAACACACACACACACACACACACACACAUGAGGAAACUCAUCUGAAGAAAGUUAAGUGUAAGUCAGGGUGCACAGGUUACUAGCAGCAGCUCCCAACAACACAGACACCAGACCCAAGUUACUAGGACCCAAGUUACUAGAACCCAAGUUACUAGGACCCAGCAAGUUACUAGAACCCAAGUUACUAGGACCCAAGUUACUAGGUCAAGGGCACUUCAUCCGUGGAGCACACACGCUCAACCACUUCCUCCACCCAUAUUCUUCCUACUAUACUGACUGGGAAUCAAACCGGCAACGCUUCAGUUACAAGCCCGAAGCCCGAAGCCCUAACCUAUAGGCCACGGCUGCCCCCAAUCCAAGUGUGGACAGUAGCAUGGGUUGUGCAAGCGUGUUUGUGUGUGUGUGGUAGAGACAUGUCAUAAUCAAACCAUAACGUAUUAACACAUCUGUUGCAAGUCGUUGACAAUGAGAGGCUGUUUUGAGCGCACACACCUAAUGGACUGAAAGGAAAGACAAUGAGAGGCAAUUUGCUGAAAAAUGUCAAAAAGAUAAUAAUUGUCUGGGAGAACUGUGGACUGGGAUAAACACUUUUCAACUGGGUG